AUGACUAUCACAAUUACUGUUGAGAAGGAUGGAUUUUACGAAGUGAACGGCAUGAGGCAGGAGCCCUCUGUCUCCCUCUAUGUCAUCCCUGCGGCAUCCAAGUUACGUCGGAUGCUUAAGGACACUAAGGAUAUGAUCGUCUGUCCAGGUGUUUAUGAUGGUCUUUCUGCCCGCAUUGCCAUGGAGCUGGGCUUCAAGGGAAUGUACAUGACCGGUGCAGGAACGACAGCAUCGCGACUUGGAAUGGCAGAUCUCGGAUUGGCUCAGCUUCAUGAUAUGAAAACCAAUGCCGAGAUGAUUGCAAACCUCGACCCUUUUGGGGCACCUCUGAUUGCAGACAUGGACACAGGCUAUGGAGGCCCUCUGAUGGUUGCCAAGUCAGUUCAGCAGUAUAUUCAAGCUGGCGUUGCAGGCUUCCACAUCGAAGACCAAAUCUCAAACAAGCGCUGCGGUCACCUUGCAGGCAAGCGAGUGGUCUCUUUGGAUGAAUACCUGACAAGAAUCCGGGCAGCCAAAUUGACCAAAGAUCGGCUGCACUCGGACAUUGUACUGAUUGCUCGAACCGACGCCCUACAACAACAUGGAUACGAAGAGUGUAUAACUCGCCUGAAAGCAGCCCGCGAUAUCGGCGCUGAUGUCGGGCUACUCGAGGGGUUCACAUCAAGGGACCAAAUGAAGCAAGCAGUCCAGGAUCUUGCACCAUGGCCACUCUUGCUCAACAUGGUGGAGAAUGGCGCCUCUCCCGUUGUGACGACCAAAGAGGCCGAGGAAAUGGGAUUCCGCAUCAUGAUAUUUUCUUUCGCGUCGAUUGUGCCUGCAUACAUGGGAAUUCGAGCAGCGUUUCUGCGUCUCAAGACCGAAGGAGUGGUUGGAACGCCAGAAGGUCUUGGACCAAAGAAGUUAUUCGAAGUUUGUGGACUGAUGGAAUCAGUCAAGUUGGAUACUGAGGCAGGCGGCGAUGGUUUCGAGGAUGGUGUCUGA